GUGAGGAGAUCCGCAACACAACACAGAGGUAGAACUUAGUAAGAGUGACUUGUAAGGCAGCAGGAGUUGUAAGGCUUCGUGAUGGCCCCUACAGCGUCGGCAGUGUGGAGCAAACCAGUGUCUGCCUGGCCUCCCGAAGGUGAGCACGUCUCUUAUCAGCGUUUGUAGCGAUAUUCAUCCACACUGCAGCAGCUCGUUGGAGAGGAGGUGCAGGUGGCCGGCAAGGUACAACAGUCCGUCAGCGAGGUGCAGCAGUCCGUCAGCGAGGUGCAGCAGUCCGUCAGCGAGGUGCAGCAGUCCGUCAGCGAGGUGCAGCAGUCCGUCAGCGAGGUGCAACAGGGUGUUAGCAAGGUGCAACAGUUCGUCAGCGAGGUACAGCAGUCCUUCAGCGAGGUGUAGGAGAUCGUUGAGCAUGUCAGACGCGGACACAGAGGGUAGCAGUGGGCCGUGGAGGCAGAUGUCCUUCACAUCGUCGGAGAGUGACGGGCCGCGCGUCGUGAUCCCCAAUAAAAGCGAAGAGGAAGGGGACGGCGAAGAGGAGGAGGAGACAGAUGAGAAUAGCCAGAACUUGAAGACCAGCAUGAUGGGCGUGAAGGCAGCGAUUUCCAUGACAACAACAGACCGCACCAGCGGGGAGUCUGGCCAGCCCUCUCACUUCGAUACUCUCACUCCCGAGCUAGAAGCAGCACUGGUGAAGCAACUCGAAGAUUACUUCAGUGACGCUGGACUAGCUAGGGACCUCUUCCUGCUGAAGCACGUGAAGCGCCACAAAGAUGGCUUUGUCUCGCUGAAGCUCCUCUCAGGUUACAAGAAGAUCAAGAAGCUCUCGCGAAGAUGGCAGGAGCUCGCGGCGGCAGCUAGGGCUUCCACCAUGCUUCAGGUGAACGAGGAAGGUACUAAGGUGAGGCGGCGGACGCCCCUGCCACCCAACUUGCUCUACGAGGCACCUACCUCUCGUGCCAUAGUGGCCGUCAAUGUGCCACCUGAACAGGCCACUGUGGCGGCACUGGCUACACUCUUCGGCAGGUAUGGCUCAGUGGCAUCUCUGCAAGUGCUGCGGCCCAGACCAGGCGGCAACGUGGUCCCGGAGCUGCAGUCUCUACUGGUGCGCACGCCAGAGGUGGCCACCACCACCUGUGCAGUGGUGGAGUAUGAGGACGUAUGGGGCGCAGGUUGCGCCCUCAGGGAAGGGGUCAACCUUCCCAUGACGCUGCACCUGCUGCGCCGCUCCCGCCGCGCAUCGCCCUCCUCCAGCAGGAGCUCGCCCACGCCCACGCCCAAGGGACGACACGCAGCUGAGAACGGCGUGUCGGCCGACGAGCUGCGACAACGGCUAAAGAGCGGCCGAAGCAAACAGCGACACACACCAGUUGAGUCCACAACAUCUGACGGGGAAGAGAGCGGGAGUGGACGGGCGUGGUGGCGCAGUGGACCACGCCACCUAACCCCUCAACCCGCCCCACGCCCUGUUUACCACGCCCUCGUGGGAUGUAGUAAGUCCACGCCUACCUCCCCCGCCUCCUACCGGAGGACUGACUACCCCCUCUCUGUCACACGAUACCCCAGGGGACCAGAUGAUAACAGAGGAUUCUCAAGAUUCCGCUCUUAACUCUCUCACUAACUGUGUUAUCUCACCCUUCUCUCCUAGGGCCCAGGCCCCACACCCAGCCCCCAAACGGGGCCCUCCAAGGGCUCUACAAGGCUUUAAAUCACAGUUCUCUCACUCUAACCUUCGGAGACCACUCCUGAUCUCCAAAGGUCCAGUCUCCUACAACUCAAGGCAUUUUCAAAGAUAUUUCGCUUAGCUUGUCGACCAUUUAUCAAGAUGUAUAGGGGUCAGCAACCCUUGUAUGUUGCUUGACUAUGUAUAGGGCCCAACAGAGUUUGUAUGUUACAUGG